AUGUCUCUCGCCGACUACCUCGCGAAGAACUACCUAACAGCUGACCCGCCAUCUCAAAAGAAAAGCAAAAAGCGCAAACGAAAUGCCGUGGAAGAGUCCAGCGUGACGAUCGCCGACGAUGAUACUUUGGGCUGGGAGAAACCCCCCACGAACCCCGAUGACGACGAUGACCCGACAACAGUUUACAGCACCACCACCUCCUUCCGCAAAUCCAAACAAAACAACUGGCAAUCCCUCGCCGCCGGCCCCUCUGCCGACACCGCCGCCGCGGACGCCAUCAUCGCGUCCGCCUCCGCCGAACACACCGCGCGCCAGGCCGCCGCCGACGACGCGCCGCAAGUGGAGGACUCCGACGGUGUGCUGAAGAUGCAAUCGGGCGCGCACGCGGGAUUGCAGACGGCGGAGCAGGUGACAGCGGCGAUCGAGAGGAAGCGGGUGGAGGAGCGGCGGAAGAUGCGGGAGGCGGAGCGGGAGGCGGGGGCGGAGGCGAAGGAGACGAUAUACCGGGACGCGAGUGGGCGGAUUAUCAACGUGGCAAUGAAGCGGGCGGAGGCGCGGAAGAAAGAGGAGGAGGCGGCGAGGAAGGAGAGGGAGGAGGCGGAGGCGGGGAAGGGGGAUGUGCAGCGGGCGAUGAAGGAGGCGAGGAGAAGGGAGGUGGAGGAGGCGAGGUAUUUGACGGUGGGGAGGAGCGUGGACGAUGUGGAGAUGAACGAGAUGUUGAAGGGGGAGGAGCGGUGGAAUGAUCCGGCGGCGGGGUUCGUGGAGGCGAAGAGGGGGGGAAAGAGCGUGACUGGGAAGCCACUGUAUCAGGGGGCGGCGGCGCCGAAUCGAUAUGGGAUCCGGCCGGGACAUCGGUGGGAUGGGGUGGAUCGGUCGAAUGGGUUUGAGAAGGAGUAUUUCACGGCGAGGAAUCGGAAGGAGAAUCUGAAGAAGAUGGAGUAUGCGUGGGGGAUGGAUGAUUGA